AUGACUGUUGUCGCGUUGCUUGGAGCCGGCAUCUUUGUCAAGGACGAGCACCUCCCUGCCGUCGAGGCCGCCGAAAGCCUAACACUCGGCGCCGUCUACUCUCGAUCGAAGGUGUCGGCAGAAGCUUUGGCUGCGGCGGCCACCCCGGUCACCACAGGCAAGUCGUUGACUGACCUGCUGGCGCGCGCCGACAUUGGCGCCGUUAUUGUCUGCCUGCCCAUUUUGGUGCAGCCAGCCGUGAUCAGCCAGGCACUGGGGGCUGUCGCCCAAAACUUUCGCUUCUUGGAGGUGAUUCAGUACGCCGCUGAGCGCGUCGGCCAGAUGGGCGGCGAGGUCACGACGUUCCACAUGAAGAUGAACACGCUGAUUGGCGACGAUGACAAAUUCUUUAAUACAGAGUGGCGCAAGGUGCCUGGGUACCAGGGCGGCUUCCUGCUGGACGGCGGUGUGUCCGCCUUUACGACGCUGCUCCAACCGAAGCUGGCCCCGGUCGACACAGUGCAGUCCAUCUUGACGACGGACAAAGACACCAACGGCACGUUCUGUGUGUCCUUUGGGACGGAGUUCAAGUCGGCCUCUGAAAUUGAGGUCGUCACGACAAAGGGUGCCGUGACACUGACGCCCACUACAGUGACGAGCACGUGGGUGGAGGUUGCGGGUGGUGACAAAAAGGAGGACAAGAAGGACUUCUCCCUCUCCUCCGGCGUCAAGCCCGAAGUUGUGGCCUUUGGUGCCAGCCUCGCCAAAGGUGCCGUCGACCCGCGCCAGAGCGCCGAGAAGGCAUUGAAGGAUCUUGCUAUUCUGGAGGCUCUGUUGGCCUCGGCCGACCAAGGCGGUGCACCGCUGGCAGUGGAGUAG